AUGGCCAAGGUCGGGCCUUUCAAGAAUCUCGCCGAGGCGAUCGAGAUGUCGCGGCAGAUAUGGUGGAAUCAGGUGGAUGUUCCUGGAUGGCUGGAAGCUUUUGGAGCUCAUCCAAGGAUUGGAGCGCUCAGCAGCAAGUCCACAACAGACUGGUGUGCCGAGGAGCAAGCUACAGCACUGAGCAGUGCAAAUGAUCGAGCACUCAAGGAUCUAGCCGAGUGGAAUUGGCUCUACGAAUCAAAAUUUGGCUUCGUGUUCCUUGUCUGUGCAACUGGAAAGAGUAGCUCGGAAAUUUUGCAGCUUCUCAAGGGACGAAUCACAAAUAGACCCUUGGUUGAGCUCCAAGUUGCUGCAAACGAACAACAAAAGACCACAGAACUACGGUUGUCAAAGCUCGUCUCACAGAACACUGCUCCUGGUGGUGACGAGAACACUUCCAAGUUGAGCCUUUCGGAGCAGAGACUUGAUCAUGAAAAACCUCUCGGCUCUCCUCUAAGCCACGAAGAAUCUGGUGAAGUUUCGUCAUUGGCUCACGUCAAGUAUCCUAUAUACAAAAUGGGAGAAGACUUUGAGCUCUAUCUGGAGAUUUUCGAGUGUGCAGCACACAACAACAAAGUGGCAGGGAGAGAGAUUAUGCAUGGCUCUGGAAGGGGAAGCACAAUGACUUUUUAUGGCCCAUCGGAGUGGAGUUGA